AUGCCUGCCACAGGACGCGCUGCAUGCUCCGCAGGCCAGUCCGCUGCCCGGCCCCACACGCAGUCGACGAAGCGCGAAAAGGCAAAGAGCUCGCAGUCCUUCGCGGCCCCGCCGAGGAGGGAGUCCGCCCAGACGUCGACACCACCCGAUACUGCUCGCCCUGGCCUCAAGGGCCGCGCUUACUCUGCGCCUAUGGUCCCGAGAACCGAGCUGUCUGGUCCCUAUCAUGCUGCUCAGGCGGACAACUUGUCCCUAGGCGAGGCUGCCGAUGACGAAGAAAUUGCUGGCGACCCCUUCUUCCAGCGCUACAAUAUCCAGCAACACGACGACGCCCACGACGGGGCCAACGACGACGCCUCGUCCAGCUCCCUCGACAGUUCCUCCGACACCGAAGGACCCCUCUCCCCCACUAACAUCAAAGCGAGACCUUCGUUUAUGGCCGAUUCCAUUCCCAGCCCACGGUCGCCAUCGGUGGGGAACGACACUGCCGCCAUGCAGGACCUGAACAUUGUCGUCGUGGGUGCGCAUGGCAGUGGAAAGUCGACCUUCAUUCGCCGCGCUCUGAACCUGCAGAACACCGCUUCCUCGGCCGCCAUAAGCUCCCGCAAAAUGGCCAUUGACGGAUCCAUUUACAUUGUUCGCCUUUUGGAGCUAUCUUUCAGCGAAAUCAACAUUGGGGAACGGGACUGCAUCAACUGGCCCGAAACGAUUGACGACCUUGCUACACCGCGGAUAGACGGAGCUAUCACAAUUUACGAUGUCACGAAUGCCAAAAGCCUGGAGCGAGUACCCGAAAUUUUGAACGCAUUGUCAAUCACGUAUCUUCCCUACCUUCUAGUUGCAUGCAAGUGCGAUAAUCACCCUGUUCAUCGAGAAGUAGAUCCCGCCGUUGUGGAGCAGAAAGCGCAGAAGCUCGUGGGGGAAAUAAACGCUUUCCAGACCGCAGAAUCCGCCCCCGAAACCCAGAAAAGAUGCCUGUCGGUAAUGCUUAGAAACACAAUAUCCGCCAGACGAACACAACCUCAGGCCGCCUCGAACCGUCGGAGGGCAAACUCCUCCGCUGUACGUCAUGUGCCACCCCGGGAAACGUGGUCUCGGAAACAUGAACGGGCUAGCUCUGAAUUCUCCGGGUCCAGGCUCAAAGCUCGGACGCCCGGGCCUUUUGAAAAGGAUGCCGAGAAAAAGGGCCACAAGCACACUCCAAGUGAAACGGUUGGCCACACGUUCUUGGAUCUCGAGGAGUCUCCUGGAUAUGAAUCUUACGAUACCGAAGCCCAGGACUCGGAUGGAGGUCAAAGCGUCGCGACAGACCUACCAUCAGACGAGAAAGGCUACACGUUAGACCAGCUAGUCGAACGGCUUCUUGCGCAGCCGUUGUCAAAGAAUGACUCAAAGUUUGUAGCUAUUUUUUUGGCCCUCUACCGGAGAUUCGGGACCCCUGGCCAGCUCUUGGACAGCAUCGUCAAGCGCUUCGAAGCACUAAAGCGGGAUAAGCACCCGCAAAUGAUUCGCACGAUAGCUCAGCUAAGGCACCUAGCUAUUCUCCAGCAAUGGGUGAGCUGUUAUCCAGGUGACUUUGCGUUCCCAAAAACCAGGCGAACAAUGCGAAAAUUCGUCUCUGGACUAUCUUCGAAUCGUAUCUUCUCAAUAGCUGCAAGGGAGAUGGUACUAGACCUAGAAAAUGUGACAGAGGAUGACGAUACGGAUUGGGCCUGUUGUGAUCGGAAUCGAGAAAAGGCAGAGCCUUUACAAACAUUCCAUACUGUCCUCGAUGAGGAUUCUGAUGAAGAUGAUUUCGCCAAAGCCAUCGGUACCUUAUCUACGGACAACAAUAGUGUAAGCCGCAGUACGACAACCGCAACGACAAGCUCGUCCAGGACAUUGAUCUCUACCACUGGGUCAACGAGCAGCUCAUCUCAGACCAUGCUCAACGGUAUUGAGCGCGCGCAAAAAAUCGCCAAAACCCUAGUACCAAACCCCACAAAACCUCUUUCGAAGGCGCAAUGGCAUUUGAUGAUGGGCCAGGACGACGAAGCUAUCGCAAAAGAGCUAACACGCAUUGACUGGAUCAUGUUCUCCUCCAUUCGACCCCGUGAUCUGGUCCGUCACGUGAGUAUGAACGCAGACGAGAAAAAGCGCUGCAAGAGCCUCGAGAACGUCAAUCGCAUGAUCGAGCACUUCAACCACGUUGCCUACACUGUCACAAACUACAUUCUCCUUCGAGACAAGCCGAAGCACCGAGCACUAAUGCUCGAAAAAUGGAUGAGAAUUGCGCGCAAGCUUCGCGAAUUGAACAACUACAACGCUCUCGGUGCCGUACUAGCCGGUAUCAAGGGCACGGCUGUGCAUAGACUAGUUGCCACCCGUGAACUCGUGCCCCAGCCUACCUCUCGCGACUUCAUGAAGCUGGAGAUUCUUAUGGGUACGCAGAAAUCGCAUUUUGCGUAUCGCCUCGCCUGGGAGAACUCCUCGGGAGAGCGGAUACCCUACCUCCCCCUCCACCGCCGCGAUCUAGUCUCUGCGGCUGAAGGCAAUGCUACCUUUGUAGGCGACAAGCGAGGCCCACCAGCAGCGAACCCGCACCCGGGCGUCUCAGUCUUUCAAGGCGCGGCCGGCAGCAGAGACUCGCGCGAGGCGCCUCCCGGUGGGGUCGCGGGUAAGGAGCGCAUUAACUGGCGCAAAUUUGAGAUCAUGGGCGAAGUCAUCGUAGGCGUGCAAAAGGCACAAGGAACACCGUAUCCACCGUUCGGUAGGAACGAGGAUGUUAGGAGCUUGCUGCUUGAUGUUAAAGUGGUUAAGGACGACGAUGAACUCUACGACCGCAGCGUCCAGCUCGAGGCCGCAGGCGCCGCCGACCGACGCAGGUUCAAUUGGUUCCAGCGUUAGUGCUACCAAAUUCUUCAUCCACCCGCGGUGCCCAAGAACAGAUCGUUAUGUCCUAGACAAUAUCGUCUAGCACUCUACGUUUCCUUGUCUCGGCACCGUUUCUUUUUCUAUAUCCUCGUAUUACAAGUAAGAGGAAUCGUCCUCUGACCAGGGUAGGAUAACGCAGCGCGCAUGCCCACAAUCCCAUUCUCGUUCAACUACGGACACAGCCAAGCCGGCAGCCCCGGGGCCAUCAGGUUUCAAUGAGAAUCAGAACGAAAUUCAAUUUCGAAGAUCCUCUACUAAAUAAGAUCUUUACUCGAAUUUCCGGCCUUCUCUGAAUAUCGGAACAGCCUUCUGUCGCUGAA